CACCAUCAGCGACAUCUCGAUCCUGAAGCUGAAAGUGGACAAAUGCUCGCGCCAAGACACUGUCUUCAUGAAGAAGCACGGCCAGCAGCUCUACCGGCACAUCUACCUGAUAUGCAAGGAGGAGAGCAACGUGCAGGCUCACUACGAGGCUCUCUACAGCAUGCUGAUGCUCAUCAGCAUCGAGCUGGCCAACGAGGAGGUCGUGGUGGACCUCAUCCGCCUGGUGCUGGCAGUGCAGGAGAUCGCCCAGAUCAACGAGGACAACUUGACCGCCUACAACCGCUGCGCCCUUUUCGCCCUCGGGGCGGCUUACCUGAACCUCAUCAGCCAGCUCACCACCGUGCCCACCUUCUGCCAGCACAUCCACGAGGUCAUCCAGAUGCGACAGAAGGAAGCUCCCUAUCUUCUCCCUGAAGAUGUGUUUGUGGAGAGACCCAGGUUGAGCAAGAGCCUUGACCGCCUGGGCCCGGAGGUCUUCUUCUGGCAGAGCAAGAUCAGUGAGGUGCUGGGUGGCAGCGGCUACAAUUCGGACCGGCUCAGCACACCCUACGUCCCCCAGCUGACGGAUGAAGAUCGCUUGUCCAAGAGGAAGAGCAUCGGCGAGACCAUUUCCCUGCAGGUCGAGGUGGAGUCGCGAAACAGUCCUGAGCGAGAGCAG